AUGACUACCGUACCCCCUUGCCUUGCACCGAUCGCCAACGACGGGGACUAUCGAGCUUCGAGAGGGUCUACUCCGUCGAGUCCAGACUCCCGCCUUGAGACAAGGCCUGCCGCAACGCUGGGUGCGGAUAAAGAGGCACCAGCUGCUCAUCUCCAAGUCGGGGCUCGUGGAAGUUUGACGACUCUAAUAUCGAGCGAGGUCAUAAGAAAUCCGGAGUCUCCGGAUUCAGCAUUUUACCAUCCGACUUCGAAAGACCGCAAUGCGGGGCCGAAUUUAUCUCGUCUCUACAGAGUACGGAUCUGGUGGAGGCCGCCCUCUUUGAAUCUAAGAACCGAAGUCCUGGUCGAGAUCAGCCUCGAUGGCACCGACGACGUGAGUUAUGCUGGGAAAUCCAAAGCGAAAGCGAAAUUACAACGGAUUCGAACCAAACUAUCAGAUAUGGGUUGUUCCAAAAAGGGCUGUUGCGAUAAUACGUCUACUGGGAUUGAAAAGGAAUUUCAUGGAAAGUACAUUCCAGAAAUCGAUUCUUGUUCGGAGGGGUGUUGUAGUGCUAGUUCCGAACGGAAGAGGCUCCCCGGGAACGCUGGGCAACAUGGGCCAGCAAUUUACAUCGAAACCAAUCCGAAUCGCCACGAGGAAAAGAAAUGCGGCACUGGUGUACGAGUUCUACCUACAGCCCACCAUAAUACUAGAAAUCAAACAAGGGAAGACUACUGCCACCCAAAAGACAUCUUGAACUACUCUGUCACAGAGGGGAAGUCAGUCACAGUCACAUCAGACAGUAUUCAGGUCAUUAAUAUAGAGUCAACCAACCCGAAAAUCGACAAGGUCGAUGCCGAGAAGGCUUUGUAUGGGGUGAAGCAUAUAUGGGUUCACGUCCAAGGGAUGGAUUGCACCAGCUGUGAGAAAAAGCUGUACAGAUCGCUUACUUCUCUUGUCGAAUUAUCUAAUGUUAAGACGAGUCUCCUCCUCGCUCAGGCCGAGUUUGACCUUCGUUCAUCAAACCGCAUUGAUGAUAGCAACAUUGCCAGCACCAUAGAGAAGAUGACUGGAUUUACCUGCACGAAGAUUUCGCAUGCAGGGGCAGAGCUGAUAUUAUUUUUCAGCAAAAAUACACAAGACCUCACCGAUAGUUGGCCCUCUGGGGUUCUGGACUUAACAAUCAUCAGCAAGAACAGUGUUCGGGUCACAUAUCAUCCCAAGCUUAUCGGCGCGAGAGAGCUACUGUUGGAUCCUUUCUUCCGAUACGCACAACUAGCUCCGCCUUCGGCUUCUCCUCUAAUCGCGUCAGGGAGAGCACACCUCCUCAACACUUGUUGGAUGACACUGCUUUCUUCUCUACUGACUAUACCAGUUCUUGUUUUCACGUGGGCUAAUCUACCGAGGCGCAAAGUACUAUAUGGGGCAAUCUCUCUAGUUUUGGCGACCGUCAUCCAAACAGUCGUCGCGGGUCCGUUUUAUAUUCGAGCCCUUAACGCCCUCAUAUUCUCCCGAAUGAUAGAUAUGGAUCUACUUAUUGUCUUAAGUUCCAGCACGGCAUAUAUCUAUUCAGUUGUCGCAUACGCUUUCGUGGCUGUAGGGAAGCCGCUGCAAACGGAUGAAAUAUUUCAAACGUCUACUCUACUCGUUACACUGAUCAUGGUUGGGCGGAUGGUGACUGCUUUUGCACGUCAAAGAGCGGUCGAGUCGAUCGCAAUCGAGUCAUUGCAAACCCCAACGGCAAUUCUGGUCGAUCCACAAUCUCUGGAAGAAACCGAGAUCGAUGCACGGCUUCUUCAAUAUAAUGAUACCUUCAAGGUUCUACCCGAAACGUCUGUAGUUACUGAUGGUGUGGUACUUGCUGGGGAAAGUGAAGUUGAUGAGUCCAUGAUCACUGGAGAGGCUACACUGAUAGCCAAGGAACCCGGAAUGUCCGUUGUGGCUGGGUCCAUAAACCAUUCAGGGGGACUCGUAGUUCGAGUCAGUCGCCUUCCGUAUGAGAAUACUAUCAAGACGAUUGGGUGCAUGGUUGAACAUGCCAAAUCGUCUAAACCAAAAGUCCAGGAAUUGGCAGACAGAGUUGCAAGUUGCUUCGUUCCUGCCAUACUUGCGAUAUCACUGGCCGUGUUUGUGAUCUGGGUGGGCGUUGGCAUGGCUGUACGGCACCGACGAGCCACUGUUGCCUGCAUCAAUGCCAUGACGUUUUCCAUCUCGGUCCUUAUUGUCUCUUGUCCAUGUGCAAUUGGUUUGGCAGUACCAAUGGUUUUUCUCAUCGCGGGAGGUGUGGGCGCAAGGAAUGGUUUAGUUUUCAAAACCGCAGAGACUAUUGACGUUGCUCGAAAAGUUUCCCAUGUCGUCUUCGACAAGACCGGCACCCUGACGCAAGGCAACCUCUACGUCGUCGCUGAAGAGUAUCAAGAUGGCAAUCGCAAUUCAUUGUGUUCUAUGAUAUUAGGAUUGACUGCAAGUAGCAAGCAUCCAGUAUCAAAAGCUAUUGCAGCGCAUUUGAGCUCUUCAGGCACACAAGCUUCAACUGUGGACCAUGUUGUAUCUGUUCCUGGCAAUGGCAUUAAAGCAUCGUGGAACGGCUUCACAGUAUGUGCUGGCAGUCCUCACUGGUUGGACGUACAAGAUGCCCCUGAAGUUCGCAAGGUCCUUCCUCUUGGCCUGACCAUGUUCUGCGUCACCCUAAACAACGAACUAGUCGCCAUUCUCGGGCUCAAAGAUUCCCUCCGUCCAGAUGCUUUCGAAACAAUCACCGAGCUCAAGAAACGCCGCAUCGAUAUUUCAAUCAUAAGCGGUGAUCACGAAGCAGCUGUCCAUAGCAUUGCCGCCCAACUCAGCAUCCCCGAAUCCAGUGUCCGCGCCCGCUGCUCCCCCGAACAAAAACAAGCUUACAUCAAGUCUCUCCUCGGACCUACACCCAACCAUGAAUAUACGCACUCCACGAGUGCCCAUACUCAUCAGCAGCCCCGCCACAAGACACCAAUAAUCCUCUUCUGCGGCGACGGGACCAACGACGCCCCCGCUCUCGCCCAAGCCUCCAUCGGCCUACACCUCAACACCAGCAGCAGCGACGUAGCCUCUUCAGCCGCCGACGCCAUCCUCAUGCGACCCUCGCUCCACGGCGUCCUGACUCUCAUCGACCUCUCAAAGGCAUUCCAUCGGAGAGUCAUGUUCAACUUUGCGUGGAGCGCAGUGUAUAACCUAGUUGCUGUCCUGCUGGCGGCAGGUGCGCUGCCCGGAGCAAGGAUCCCGCCGGCGUAUGCGGGUUUAGGGGAGGUGGUGUCGGUCGUUCCGGUUGUGUGUGUAGCGGUGGGAUUGAGGUUUUGGAGGGAGUAG